UCAGAGCGCGACGUCACAGCGGAGAGACGGGAGCCGAGGGGUGUGGCAGUUGAUGAUGUCGUCACUUCCGCCGUCUCGGCCUCUCACGGCCUGCUGCCGUACAACAAGAUGGCGGCGCUCACGGGGGGCUGAGCAGCGUCGGAGGAAUUUGCUUCAGGAAGCCUGUGUGAUUGCCUGCUACAGUUUCAGGGAGUUGAUUUUUCUCCCUGAAGAGGGGACCUAUGAUGUCUGUGGUACAUCGGCUGACAACAGGAUGGCUCCUGGACCAUCUGUCUUUCAUCAACCAGUGUGGCUAUGAGAUCUGUGACUCCUUUGCAUACCCUGGUGAUGUCACCAUCAAUACUUCUGGCCAUUCUACUAAUAAUCAUCCUACUUCUACAUUUGCUACCACCUCUUCAAGUGACGGUCCUGGUGAUGCUGUAGAAACAGAAGGUAAAACAGCAAGAACAAGAUAUGUAUUUCGGGAAGAAUUCUUCCACAUUUCUAAGGCCCAUAUAGCUGCAGCUCCUGAGAAGCAGCUGUUGCAGGGAAGCCCUGAGUUGAGUCUUACAGAAAUAAAGGCCAGCAGCAGUGCAGAGGAACACCAAGAAGGAACCACGUGUGGUGUUGGGGAUUCUGUAGUUGGUGCUAAGAAGAAGCGUAAAAGAAAAUGUGUAUUCAACCAAGGUGAACUGGAUGCUUUAGAAUACCAUACAAAGAUCAGAAAAUUCAUUUGGGAAGGCACUUUGCAUUUAGUCCAAGAGGGACUCAAAAGUGGUUUUCUUCAUCGUGCUGCUGCAGAACCCAGUUGUGGGAAGAAUGUUGUUCCUGAACGCAUUGACUGUGGGUUGGCUGAAUUAUGUGAAAUGGCAAAGCAGUUUCUAGCUGUAAAUGAUGGUGACCAUCAAGCUGUGAAUGUGCUAGAUGAUGAAACCUCCAUUCCAGAGCAGGACCUGCUUUCGUGUGUUACAGAGAACAAUUCAAACUGUGCAAAGAUAGUUGUAUUAAUGGGACAGAAGUACUUGGUGCCACCAAAGAGCAGUUUCCUUUUAUCUGAUAUUUCAUGUUUACAACCCCUGCUGAACUACAAGAAAAAAUAUGAUGUAAUUGUAAUCGAUCCACCAUGGGAGAACAAAUCUGUUAAAAGGAGUAACAGAUACAGCUACUUGUCUUCGUGGCAAAUCAAGCAGAUUCCUGUAUCAGCGCUAGCUGCUCCAGAUUGUCUUGUUGUCACAUGGGUGACUAACAGACAGAAGCACUUACGUUUUGUUAAGGAUGAACUUUAUCCUCAUUGGUCUGUGAAAACACUUGCUGAGUGGCACUGGGUAAAAAUUACUAGAUAUGGAGAAUUUGUAUUGCCUUUGGAUUCUUUCCACAAAAAGCCCUAUGAAGUUCUUAUACUGGGGAGAGUUCAAGGAAACAUAAAAGAAGCCCUAAGGAAACCUGAAGAUGUACUUCCAGUUCCAGAACAUAAGUUAAUAGUCAGCAUACCCUGCAGUCUACAUUCACAUAAGCCCCCUCUCACUGCGGUUCUGGCAGAGUUUAUCAAGCCAGAUGUGGAGUGCUUGGAGUUGUUUGCUCGCAACCUGCAGCCUGGCUGGACCAGCUGGGGAAAUGAGGUUCUGAAGUUUCAGCACAUUGAUUAUUUCACUCUUCUGCGGAAUGAAAACUGACUGUUCUAGCAGCUUAAUUCUGAAAUUCCUGUCCUUCUUAGCAGGCUCUGGAGCUUGCUUUUCUUAUGGGUGGUGCACUCAGAAGGUAACAGAAAUGAAACCAACUGCACUUCAGGUGCAAUUCUUGCAGUGACUGAGUAUCUGUUUGAUACCAUCUGUAUCUAUACAAGCUGCUCCUCUCCUUUGAAGAUCUUGGAAUAGUUACAGACUAAUGUUAGUGGGCAAGUACAUCCCUGUUUCUUUUUUUUCUUUUUUUUUUAAACUUCAGGAAAAGAAAGAUAUUCUCAUUUAAGCUAUCAUAAAUGUAAGCAUCAUAAAUACUCCAGUCACAACACUUAUAAUGUAUUAUUUUUAGAGUUAAAAUGUGUUAUUUUUAAAGAGUGGCAAGCAAAGUACAUAGGUUUGCAUUACAAAUAUUUCCUGAAAGACAAUUGGUCAUUGCAAAGCAGUGGAUUUGGAACUAAAAUAAUUAUGAAGGCAGUAUUUUCUCCUGCAUGUUUGCAUCCGUCUGUCUACCUCAUAGGUCUCUGAGUUGUCGAUUGGGCACAUUCUUUUAAAACAUUCAACAAUUACAUCUUUCUGUGUAUAGUGUUAAUUCUCUGAAUACAUUGUAAAUGAUAAAGUCUCAACCAUCUUACAAUUUCUAGAUAUUAAACUGUGAGAUUUAACUAAA